AUGCAUCUUUGCAUCGGUCAGUACUCAGGACUGUCAGCGAGCGGUGCGUUCUGGAAGAUGAUGCCGAUUGCAUCCGUUUCUUAUCGUUUGAAGUUUCGAUUUGAAGGCAUUGGAUGGACAUUAGUGGUGCUUGCGUUGCCGGUGUCCAUUUAUUACAACAUUAUUGUCGCAUGGUCUGUUUACUACUUUUGGUUCUCAUUGAAAGGCUUCUUCACGGGUGUUCUUCCGUGGAAUCGUUGUGCUGCACGUUGGUUC